AUGAUCUUCACAGCAGAGCAGGUGGCUUGUGUGUGUGAGGUCCUUCUGAAGAGCGGUUGCAUGGAUCGUCUUGCUGGCUUCCUCCGCACUCUUCCUCCUCUUUCCCUCUCCUCCUCCUCCUCCGUUUGCCCUGGGGAGCUGGAAAGCGUGCUGAAAGCUAAAGCCGCAAUGGCCUUUCACCAGGGCCAAUUCACUGACCUCUACACCCUGCUGGAGGGUUUCCCCUUCUCCCCACGCAGCCACCCGCUCCUGCAGCAGCUCUGGCUCAGAGCCCACUACAUGGAGGCCGAGAGGCAGAGGGGCCGGCCCCUGGGAGCUGUGGGGAAGUAUCGCGUAAGGAGGAAGUUUCCUCUACCACACACCAUCUGGGAUGGAGACGAGACCAGCUACUGUUUUAAGGAAAAAUCACGGAGCAUACUCCGGGAGUGGUACCGCCAUAAACCCUAUCCCUCUACCCGGGAGAAACGGGAGCUAGCAGCAGCCACGGGCCUGACAACCACUCAGGUCGGCAACUGGUUCAAGAACCGCAGGCAGAGGGACCGAACCACGGAUGUUAACGGUUUCCAGAUAUCUAGCUCUGGAGGAACUUCAGGACAAGUCCACCCUUCCUCUGACAAUGACUUAUCACCUCCAAGAAGCCCACAUCCCUUACACCACUCUCCACCUCCUCUACAUCACGUGUGUAGGCUUCAUUUGAGUCUGCCCUUCAAUUGUUUAAUUUGUGACAUUUCUUUUUGAAUAGUAACACUUACAAAAACUGUUUUGCUCCUUCUUGAAUGUAAAGUCCAUUUUCUUUCAAUACUUUGCAAGCUUAUUAAAGUUUGUUAUCAAAACAUGAGGAUAAGACUGAACUAUAUACUGGUAAAAUGUCU